UGUUUUUUCAGCCAAAUAAAUUUUUAUUCUUACUAUAACGAAAAGUGUUAUUCGAGCAUUUAACCAUUUGAUUUAAAUUUCAAGUUCUGUCAGUUCUGUUCUGUCAGCGGUUCUAAAACACCAAGCAAGAUGGUGCAGAAAUACCAAUCACCAGUGCGGAUAUAUAAACAUCCAUUCGAAAUGGUGAUGGCUGCAUACCAGAAAAGAUUUCCAACAUGCAAGAUGAUUCCAGUCUUUGUUGGUUGCGAUAUUUUGAGCGAUGAAAAAAGUGAAGAUGAAUCUAAGCAUACGGUAGAAAGAAGAUGUAAAUUGAAUGUUGAUGCUCCGCGACUUUUAAAAAGGAUGGUUGGAGUGGAUUAUGUGUACUUUGUACAGAAGAAUGCCAUUGAUUGGAGGGAAAGAAAAUUGAGGAUUACUGCCUACAAUGAAACAUUUUCAAGUAGAGUUAUCAUCAAGGAAACUUGCCAGUACACUGUUCAUCCAGAGAAUCCAAAUUGGACGUGUUUUGAACAAACUGCAGAAAUGGAAAUUAGAUCUUUUUGGGGGUUUGAAUCAAGUGUAGAAAAAAUUGCUAUGAAGCAAUAUACCUCAAACAUUAAAAAGGGUAAAGAAAUCAUCGAGUUUUACUUAAACGAAAUUAUUACUUCUGGUACUACGCAUAUACCAACGUGGGCUGAAAAGAAUCCUCAUCUUGCUCGUCUUCCGCCCCCAGAAGAACAAACUCCACAAUGUACUGGAUUUACUAAAUCCGAACAAGGAGCUCAAUUGUCUGCUAAUAAUCUCAGUCGUACUUCAUCAUCAAGUGGAGAUGCUGAAUUUACAGUAUGUAGUGAAAGAACAGCUGGUGGAGCUGCUGACGACAAACUCGAGGAAGAAUACAUUGAGAGGAAAUUGGGGAUUUUAAGACCAUUGGAAGAAAGUAAACUCAUUCAAUUACGUAACUGGUUAUCUGACACACAUAACGGAAAGCUUCCUCGAGACGAACAUAUUCUACGAUUUCUACGAGCGCGAGAUUUUCACAUGGAGAAAGCAAGAGAACUUUUAUGCCAGUGUUUAUCUUGGAGGAAGUUACACCAGGUUGACAGAUUGUUAGAAACCUGGAAUCCACCAAGUAUAUUCAAAGAUUAUUAUUGUGGAUGCUGGCAUCACCAUGACAACGAGGGAAGGCCCUUAUAUAUACUGCGUAUCGGACAAAUGGAUACAAAAGGACUUUUGAAAGCACUUGGACAAGAUCAAAUUCUAAAACAGGUUCUCUACAUAAUGGAACAAGGUCUUCAGAAGUGUCAAGAGGCUUCUGAUACUCUCAACAAACCAAUGAGCAGGACUCAUUCUCUGAGAAGGUCAAGUACAUGUAAUAUCAGUUCUUGGAGUUGCAUUGUUGACUUGGAAGGACUUAACAUGCGUCAUUUAUGGCGUCCGGCAGUGCAGGCACUGCUCAGGAUCAUUGAAGUAAUUGAGAACAAUUAUCCUGAAACUAUGGCUCGUUUACUCAUUGUCAGAGCACCGAGAGUUUUUCCAGUCAUUUGGACACUAAUCAGUCCUUUCAUUGAUGAAAAGACAAGAUCUAAGUUCAUGAUGUACAGUGGUACAGAUUAUCUUGGUCCUGGUGGCUUGGUUGAUUAUGUGCCUAAAGAAUUCAUCCCAGAUUUCCUUGGUGGACCUUGCGAGUGCAAUAUGUCAGAAGGUGGGCCGGUUCCCAAAUCAUUGUACAGAGCUGAAUGGGAGAAAGGUGAUGGAAUGCAGUUAUGGGAAGAAUCUAUCUAUAAAACUGGAAGUUGUAUGAAAGGUUCUCCUCAUGAGGUCAUGUUAGAAGUUCCGACUAAAGACUGUGUCAUCACUUGGGAUUUUGACAUCAUGAAAUGUGAUGUUGUUUUCUCUCUCUACCACAGCAAGAAGCGUUUGGGUCCUAUAAUUGAAGGAGAGACCCAAUCUAUUCUUGCUGGUAAUUUGUCAAACAAUGGAGCGAUAAGUACUCAGAUCAUCAGCAAAAACAUGACACUAGGAAGAGAUUACAGUCUUGUUGAACAAUCUCCUGUGUUCAGGGAAGGAGAAAGCAUACAGGGAUCUCAUAUUGCCAGAGCACCAGGUUUCUAUAUAUUGCAAUGGAAGCUUCAUACUGCUCCAUCCAAUCCUACAUCAACACUGCCAGUUGUAACUGAUGUCUUAUAUCAGGUUACUCACACUCCUAAAGCCAAAGUUUUAUAUUAUCAUGAGGUACUCGAUUCUGAAGAUUUCAAGGGUUCGAUGUCAAGUCUCGAAUCAUGUCAGAGUGCAUUCUCUUCUCUCUCUCUCGCCACUCAAUCCAGUGCCGGAUCCUCAAUCUCACGAUAACAGAAUAUUGUACUUUCUCACUCUCAUUUCUUCCACUCUUCUUCAUAUUGAUGUUUUCCAACAUAACAACUUAAACAUUCAAAAUAUGAGUACAACACUCUUGUUAAUCCAUGAACACACUUCAAAAGUGUUAAAAAACCAUAAGUCUCCUCAGAUGGAACGUCUG